AUGGUGUUAGGUUGGGGAAGAAGGAAGAACAACAAAAAGAACAAAGGUGGAAAACCAAACAUGGAAGUGGUGAUUCCAAAUCAAUUCAAGUGUCCAAUUACUCUUGAUUUGAUGAAAGAUCCGGUUACAUUAUCAACAGGAAUCACUUAUGAUAGAGAGAGUGUAGAAAGAUGGUUUGAUGAAGGAAACAUCACUUGUCCACUUACAAAUCUAGUUGUGAGAAAUUUUGACAUGAUUCCAAAUCAUUCUCUUAGGAUAAUGAUUCAAGAUUGGUGUGUUGAGAAUAGACAAAAUGGUGUUGAGAGGAUUCCAACUCCGAGGAUACCGGUUAGUCCGACCGAUGUUUCGGAGCUUGUUUUUCGAGUUAAGGAAUGUGCAAGAGGUUUGGAUCAAUAUGGUUGUGUUGAGUUGGUUCAAAAAAUGGAGAAGUGGAGUAAUGAAAGUGAGAGGAACAAGAAAUGUAUAGUUGAGAAUGGAGCAAUAAGUGGAUUGGCUUUAGCUUUUGAAGCUUUUGCUAAUGAUUCUAUUGAGAGGAAUUUGAUUGUUUUAGAAGUGAUUUUGUCAUCACUUAAUUGGAUGUUUCCACUUCAAUUAGAAGCUCAAAAAUCUUUAGGUUCAAAAGCUUCUUUGCAUUGCAUGGUUUGGUUUUUGAAGCAUCAAGAUGUUAAGGGAAAAGAAAAAGCUAUUAUUGCAUUGAAAGAGAUUCUUUCUUUUGGUGAUGAGAAGCAUGUGGAAGCACUUUUGGAGAUUGAAGGAGUUAAUGAGCUUUUGAUUGAGUUCAUUAACAAGAGAAUUAGUCCUAUAAUCACAAAAGCUUCAUUGAGGAUUGUUUGGUAUUUGGUUUCAUCCAAUUCUAGCUUUAAUGAAAAGUUGAAAUUUUCAUUUGUUGAAUUGGGUUUGGUUUCUUCAAUUUUGAACAUUCUUAUUGACUCAGAAAAGAGUGUUUGUGAAAAAGCUUUUACUAUUUUGGAUUCUUUAUUAAGCUGUGAUUUUGGAAGGGAAAAAGCUUAUGAAAAUGACUUAACAAUUCCUUUGUUGGUGAAGAAAAUAUUGAGAGUUUCACCAUUGACUACAGAGUACUCUGUUUCUAGUAUUUGGAAGCUAUGCAAAUUUGAAGAGAAAAACUAUGAAGGAAAAGCUUUGAUAGAAGCACUUCAAGUAGGUGCUUUUCAGAAGCUAUUAUUGGUGUUACAAGUUGGUUGUAGUGAUGAGACAAAAGAAAAAGCAACUGAACUUCUUAAAUUGAUGAAUCCUUAUAGGGCUGAGUUGGAAGAAUGCAUUGAUUCAGAUUUCAAGAAUCUUAAGAGAUCAUAUUAA